AUGUUCCACCUCUUCUCACACUGCUGGACCUGGCUGCAGGCCGUGCAGGAGCCCGUCAGGAAAGUGACCCUGCUCGUCGUGGGGCUGGACAACUCAGGGAAGAGCUCCGUCAUCAUGGACAUCAUGAGAGCUCUGGCCAGCGAGGUGCUGCCUGCAGCACAGCCCGGCCAGACCCGCCUGCGGGUGAACAGGUUUGAGGUGACGCUGGUGGAGCUGCCCGGAGCUCAGCGCUGCCGCAGUGCCUGGCGCAGCCACUACGGUGCAGCCGACGGGCUGCUCUUCGUGCUGGACUCCAGUGACCUGGCACGGAUGGAGGAGGCUCGCAAGGCUCUGAGCCGCGUCCUGAGUCACCCCGAUGUCUCUGGAAAGCCCCUCUUACUGACUGACCACCUCUCCCUAUGCCUCAGCCUGGCCAACAAGCAGGACGUGGCGGCUGCAUUGCUGCCCUGUGAGCUGAUCGAACGCCUGGCACUGCAGCAGCUCGUCAACGAGAACCACUCACCCUGCCGCAUUGAGCCAUGUGCAGCCGUGGGCCCAGCCCGCAGCACACUGCAAGGACUGCGCUGGCUCCUGCGUGCUGCUGCUGAGCACUCCCUGCAGCUCCCCACUGCCUGCUCCCCAUCACCUGACUCCGGACCCAGAGCAGCCCAUGGCCGCCCACAUGCACGCAGGGACCCCCUGGCCCAAAGGGAAGAUGAAUCUUGCAGUGCAGAGAAGAUAAAGGAGCCACAGCCCACCCGCCGCCUCCUCUCCCCAAGUCCCCAGAAGGUGAGCACAAACGGCCCCGGGAAGAGGAAAAAGAAGGUAAAGGUGAGGAAGAAGGGCACAGGGCAGCUGAACCCAGCUGAAGAACCAGAGGGAGGAGCAGCAGGAGGGGCUGAUGGCCGAGCCAGCACUGCUGGGGGAUUGCUGGCCCCCAAUAGGGUCGGACAGGAGGAACCUGUGCCUGCUGGGACAGCUGCCCCCCACUCAGGUGAGAGGAGGCUAUGGGAGCUGCUGGCACUACCUACUCAGGCACCUCAGGAUCCCCAAAGCCACCCCAAGAGGGGCUGUGGGGACCCAUACACGUGGUGCUGUGCUGGACCAGCGGUCCCUGGGAUCUUCCUUAGCUCUGCUUACAGGUCAGCUGGGGCGCAGAGCAGAUGGCAUCAGUCUGGAUGGGAAUGAGGAGAGACAUGUCUGAUGCACAGAGGUGAUGGAGGGCUGCAGACCUGCCAGCAGCAGUCCUCCGAGCUGGGUUGGUGACACCAGCACCCUUGCCCAAAGGUGAUGCCUUAAAUUUUGUAUUUCUCUAUCCAGCACAGGGCAUGAAAAAGAAAAAGAAGAAAAAAAUCAAGAAUAAAAUCAAAUCACAGGAGCCUGUCAUGGAGCAGCAGCAGGAGGAGGUCUCAAGUACCUUUGGUUGGUAUUUCCCAGGAUUGACUUUGCCCAAAAGCAUCAAGGGGUCCCAUUCUGUUGGCAGCAGGGUUUGAGCUGCUUGGGAGCACUUGGGCACAUAGUACCUGGUGAGGGGGCACAGGUACAGGCAGGGCAAAAUGCUGGGAAGGUGGGUGCUGUGGUUGCUGCCUUUGGGUAGGAUGCAGCCAGGGAGCCCAAGUGCACAGUGCCAGGCUCAGUCUCUGGUUAGUGCCCGAUUUCCUUCCUCCCCCAGACCUGUACCGCCGGGCAAUGCUGGCUCUGAAGAUGCGGCAGGAGCAGAGGAAGCAGCCGUCUGCCAUCGCUCCCUGAGCAGGACAGGCGAGUCCUAGGGCAUGCAUGCUCUUGCAGCUAGUGCAGGGCUCCUGGGCUGUUUGGCCAGGGCUGGCAGUCCUGGGGCAGGAACAGCAGCACUGUUGUCCUCUGCGUGACUUGAAAAUCAGGAUCUGCAGGAGCAAGCCAGAAGUCCCGUUGUAAAAAGCCUCUUUGGCAGCCGGGUUGCAAACAGCCUGAAAAGGAAACAGACGGCACUUUCUGACCCUGUGUUAGUAUUCUGUGUAAGACUUGCCCUGAACCCUGCUGAGUCUGUAGAAGAGAGAGGAAGCUCGGAGCAAAUAUCCCAUGGGAAAAGCCCAUUUCUUGAACUGACACAAACCCUGGCGGAGCCGUGUUCGUGGGUCAAGGGCUAACUCGGCCACUCAUCCAGCCCCCGCCUGCUGCCUGGACACGCUGAGCUUCCAGCUGGUGAGGUCAGAUGGGCAGAGCCAUGCCCAGCUCCAGCCUGAGCCAGGGCACAGAGCAGCAUCUGCAUCCCGACACAACCAUCUGCACCUAACACAACCCAUCCACAGCUCUCAAUUCCUGGACACUGCCUGCCCUGUGCAGGGCAAGAAAAACCACUAAACCCUCAGCUGGGCUAAAAAGGGGAAAAGAACAACUCUGGCUACUCCGCCUCGCUGGUGUGCUGUGAAAUUAUUAGAUUCGAUUGCCAGCGCCUACGGUGAUGAACUGCAGCAGCUUAAGCCCAGCCUGUGCUUGCAGUGAGCCGGUCCCACUGCCCAGCCGGCCUGGGGACGAGACGAGGGCCGGGGUCGGGAGGGCCGGCAGCUCCCCCUGCUGCCCCGGGCGUGCAGGGAAAUAAAACAAUAAAUGCAG